AUGCACUCCAUGCAUCGUCAAGGUUUUGAUCAAAAUCUUCCCCUUAGAAAUGGCCAAGAGGAAGACGACGGUGGUGGCGGCAACGAUAAUCCUCCUCUUGAUCUCUCACUAUCACUCUCACUCUCCGGAUACAAUCCACCACCGCUCCCGCAGCCGCUGCCACAGUCGUUGACUCCAAAUCCUGCCCUGCUGCACACGCAAUUACUCUCGUUAGCCGAUUACAAUCUAAUGCAUUUCUCAUCCCCGUCUUCGUACUCGACUCCAAUCCCUAUUGCUCCCAUGAUGUGGGACAGACAAUUGUUCUUUGGACACUCUCAUCCGCUCCCACCAUAUCCAUCGUCCCUAAGCCCUGCUGCGCCCAUGCAGCAGGGCUGGCAAUUACUCCAAUGGGAGAAAGGUGAGACAGUGUCACUCUCACUCUCGCAAGCUGAGCACUAUCCUCCGCCCCCGCCCCCGCCGCCACCUCCACCACCGCGGUUCCCAUCGCCAAUUCCAAACCCUACCACUCCCAUGUGGCGGGGCAGGCCAUUACUCGGGCUGGGAAAGAGCGAGACAAUCCCGCCACCGUAUCCAUGGGCGACGGAGCACCGAGCAAUCAUACGCAGCCUGGACGAUCUCACCCGAAACGGGAUAGAGAAAAUCAGAGGGGAAAUGAAGUGCAAGAAGUGCGGAGUAGAUAGCAAGAUGGAAUUCAAUCUGACAGAGAAGUUCAUGGAAGUAGAGAGUUUCAUAUCGAUGAACAAGUCGGAGAUGCACCAGCGAGCCCCGAGGGGUUGGGAGUGCCCUCCGCGGCAGGACUGCGGCUGUUGCAGCGGAGAGGGCUGCACGGAGCCGGUGACGGGGAAGAAGAGGGAGAUGAAUUGGCUGUUCUUGUUGCUAGGGCAAAUGAUUGGAUUCUCUAGCUUAGAACAUCUGAAAUACUUGUGUAAGCACACGAGGAACCACAGGACAGGCGCAAAAGACAGGCUUGUGUACAUUGCCUACAUGUGUUUGUGCAAACAACUUCAUCCAACAGGACCUUAUGAUCUUUGA